AUGGCAGCUCUCUUGAAGUCUUUUUGCUUUGUGAUGCUUUUUGUAAUUCUCGGAAUUGCUGGAUUUAAUCGAGUUGAUGGAGAUGGAGAAUGUGGGAAAUCCACCACUCCUGAUAGAGAAGCUUUCAAGCUGGCACCUUGUGCAUCAGCAGCACAGGAUGAAAAUGCUGCAGUUUCUUCCCAGUGCUGUGCUCAGGUAAAGAAAAUCGGCCAGAACCCAGCCUGCCUUUGUGCUGUUAUGCUUUCUAACACAGCUAAGAGUUCGGGAGUCAAGCCAGAAAUUGCAGUCACCAUUCCCAAACGGUGCAACAUUGCUGAUCGUCCUGUGGGUUACAAGUGUGGAGCUUAUACAUUGCCUUGAAAGAGCAACAUCAGUCAUGGUGCUCUGUAAUAUACUUGCUUCUAUGAAUGCGCUGGAGUCUGCAUCGUUGUAGCUAGUUCUUUCUAGCUAACAAAUACAAUGUGACAUCCAGGAAUCUGAUAAUAAAUAAACUUUAAUGUUUAAUUUCCUUUUU